AAAAGCCGCACUAUACCUGUCAAUAAGAAGAAACUUCAAUACAUGUUAAAAUCACUAUUAUAAAAAAAUUUGAUCAGGACUUAAAGAGCAACCGUACGUAGCUCUUUUGGAGGCAUAUGGCAAAUAUGAAGAAUUAAUGAGUUGGUUGAGCUGCACAAAUCUGCUCACUGAUAGAAUGUCAAUACGUUAUCCGGCUCAAAGGACCAAAAGUAAUGUUACCAUUUUAAAGCUGGUGAAAUCCUCUAAUAUCAAGCGGCCCUCGUAAAAAUCACCAUGAAAAAUCAAGUCUCCCCCUUUGAAAAACAAAUCACAAUGUACACAACAAAAGAGCGUUACAUAUAAAGCGACUAAAAGGCGCGACCACGAAAAAGGAGGGAGUUUAAAUCCCGCUCCUCGUAAAACUUCGAGUGAUUUCGUAGCUCCGAGCAAACCGUACCACUUGUUGUACUCCGAGCGCAAGCAGUGGUUACAGAAAGUCAGAAAAUAAACGCGGAUCAAGUUGUUGUUUUGACUUCGAGUAGUUCAGGUCAGAACUCGCGCUCGUUUCGCGUAUGUUCGAUUACGCGUAGUAGUGUUUAAACUGAUCUGGUUUGAGAGUGGUUAGGAUCAUAAUACGUGAAAAUGAUCAAUUUAGGGUGAUUUCUUAAAAGUUUUUUUUUAAGUAAAGUAGGAUUUAACGGUGUCUUAAGAUGCCUUCGAACUUUACGAAAUGUGGAACUGUUCCUAUUUGUUUUAUGCUGUACUCGUUCCUGGUUGGACUCAGUUUUGCUACGAUAAUGGGGGAUGAAUGUGAUUGGACUGGAAGCGGCCUUUCUGUACCGUCGUCAGAUAAGGGAGUGACGCCGGUGUACCUCAGAUGCGCAGCGGGAAAAAUCAAGUGGAUGUAUCCCAGGGGAGCGCUCAGGAUACUUCUAAGAUUGCCCAGUCAAGACAGAAACUUUAGAGCUUGCAUUAAAAUGAGGACAACUGCCAAACCUGGAAGACCCGUUACCACAAUUUACUUGGAAGGUCCUCGAUCUUUGUUGCCUUUAUAUGGUGGAGAGGGUGACGCCAAACCUAUGAGGUGUUUUAAUAGCAGACAUGGCCAAGCAGCCAUAUAUAUUGAAGCAACAGACGAGAGGUCUUUCGAGAAGCAAUUUACUGAAAUAGAGUACGACUUGCAGCAGCUGCCUAAGAACUCUUAUGGGUAUGAUUCGUCCGAAGAAUGCCGCCCCUGCUCACGUGAAGAAAUGGCUCAUAUAUUUUGCACCAGUGAUUUAGUGGCCAGAGGCAUAAUCCACUCGGUAGAAAACAAAGAGAACCUGGAAAUCUCUCAGAUGACCGUGAAAAUAACCAAACUGAUGAGACACACCUCGGCCGAAGAAUUCCUGGAAGAAAUCGAUAGCAAUGACAUAGUGCAAAGCCCUUUUUCCUCCAAACAAGUAACUUUAAACAUACCGCAGCAUUGUGGCGUCAAUCAUGGAUUGGGAGAGUUUGUUUUUAUGGCCAGGAGGAAACUUGGCGAUUUAACUUUACUAUGCGCCCCCAGAUUGGAGACGUGGGCAUUAUUGGCUAAUAAGUUGAACGAGGAGGGGCGGUCCCAUUGCGUUUUAAGGAGUUAGCGAUGAAAUCAUUGUUAAAGAAAUUGCGCGUGCUGUGAUGUUAAUGAUAAACUUGUAUAAAAAUGUAAAAAGUGUGUAAAAAAUAUGCUUUGAUGUUGUAGAUAUAUAGGGUAUGCUAAAACUGGACGAUGAAAUUCUGGAGUAGUAUGGGGGUGCUUUAGAAUCAAAAUAAGCAAUUGUGUUGUCAAGUUUUUGAAAAAUAUGGAAUCCUUGGACCUUCAAGGUUGAGUAAAAGCUUUUUUGGUACUUUUGCGACGGGUUUCCAUCAUGACUUUGUAUAAAAUUUUAAUGUAUUUUUUUUCGAGGAAAACCAAUAUUUCAAACGUUUUUUUUU